AUGAAACUCAGGAAACUUCAGUGUCCAUCUGACUUAAAGACAAUCAACCUUCAAAACACAGAUCAGAAACAGUCUGGGGGGAUAUUUGCUUCGUCUGAAGAAGGGGAAACACCUGGAAUCCAAACUGAAGCUGAUGUAGAUUUUGUGGAUGGAUUUCAGAUCAACUCAACAGUGUUUCUGUUCUCCAACGUGGCAUCAGGAGCUAAAACCAACAAAGUCCGUCUGAUUUGGCUUCAGGCUGAAACCAGUAAAGCUCAGACUCUAAAGUCUCUUGGUGGAGCGACUCUCAGUAGCUCUGAUGGAGGUGAAGGCAGCAGACUGCUGGCCUCCUCGCUCAUCCCAGGAGGACAGCAGGUCCUUUGGAGCGGAGUGUUCAGUUUGGAUGGAGGAGAAAACAACACUGAGCUGCUGCUGUUUGACAUCAGUCCUGAUCAGAGCAGGACAACAGACACCGAUCCAGACUUCUAUUACUCAUCAAACAAGCCUAACAAGCCGUCCCAACCUAAAUCCUUACAACCGAAGGUUGUUCUGUUCAAGAAGAAAUACCUGAGCUCUGUGUUGGCGGUGAGGGAGGACAGCUGGACGGUUUUCUUCAUUGGAACAACCAGUGGGGAGCUCAUUAAGCUUGCUGUAGAUGAGAACAAUGUUCCAGGAUGUCCAAAGGUCCUCCAAAGGGGUCUGAGAGGUUUUCCAAAAAUCCUCCUGGACCCAGUGGAUCGUAAACAUGUGUACCUGCCUUUUAAAGACCAGAUUCAGCGGGUACCAGUGUCAGAUUGCAGUGCCUACACAGAUGUGAAGGACUGGUUUAGAGCAAAGGAUCCACACUGUGUGUGGUGCGUUACUAAAAAAAGAUAG